AGGUUCUUGCUCGUCUUCUCCUGCCUGGUGCUCUCCGUGUUCUCCACCAUCAAGGAGUACGAGAAGAGCUCCGAGGGCGCCCUCUAUAUCCUGGAAAUUGUCACCAUCGUCGUGUUCGGCGUGGAGUACUUGGUGCGCAUCUGGGCGGCUGGCUGCUGCUGCCGCUACCGCGGCUGGCGUGGGCGCCUCAAGUUUGCUAGGAAGCCCUUCUGCGUGAUAGACAUCAUGGUCCUGAUCGCCUCCAUCGCGGUGCUGGCCGCCGGCUCCCAGGGCAACGUCUUCGCCACGUCAGCGCUGCGCAGCCUGCGCUUCCUGCAGAUCCUGCGGAUGAUCCGCAUGGACCGCAGGGGCGGCACUUGGAAGCUGCUGGGCUCGGUGGUCUACGCCCACAGCAAGGAGCUGGUCACUGCCUGGUACAUUGGCUUCCUCUGCCUCAUCCUGGCCUCCUUCCUGGUGUACCUGGCGGAGAAGGGCGAGAAUGACCACUUUGACACCUACGCGGAUGCACUCUGGUGGGGUCUGAUCACCUUGACAACCAUUGGCUAUGGGGACAAGUACCCCCAGACCUGGAACGGGAGGCUCCUGGCGGCCACGUUCACCCUCAUCGGAGUCUCCUUCUUCGCUCUCCCUGCGGGCAUCUUGGGCUCUGGCUUUGCCCUGAAGGUUCAGGAGCAGCACCGGCAGAAGCACUUUGAGAAGCGGCGGAACCCCGCGGCCGGCCUGAUCCAGUCUGCCUGGAGGUUCUACGCCACCAACCUCUCGCGGACAGACCUGCACUCCACCUGGCAGUACUACGAGCGCACCAUGACUGUGCCUAUGUACAGCUCUCAAACCCAAACCUACGGGGCCUCCAGGCUCAUCCCGCCUCUGAACCAGCUGGAGCUGUUGCGGAACCUCAAGAGCAAAUCGGGCCUCGCCUUCAGGAAGGAGCCUCAGCCGGAGCUGUCGCCCAGAGGCGGCCCGAGCAGAGAGUCCCUGUGCGGAUGCUGCCCUGGACACUCUAGCAGUCAGAAGGUCAGUUUGAAAGACCGUGUCUUCUCCAGCCCCCGAGGCAUGGCUGCCAAGGGGAAGGGGUCCCCUCAGGCCCCGACGGUGCGGCGGUCGCCCAGCGCUGACCAGAGCCUGGAGGACAGUCCCAGCAAGGUGCCCAAGAGCUGGAGCUUCGGUGACCGCAGCCGGGCACGGCAGGCCUUCCGCAUUAAGGGUGCGGCUUCCAGGCAGAACUCCGAAGACCGUGUGUCCUUCCACCCAGAAGCCAGCCUUCCUGGGGAGGACGCUGUGGAGGACAACAAGAGCUGCAACUGUGAGUUCGUCACCGAGGACCUGACCCCCGGGCUCAAAGUCAGCAUCCGAGCUGUGUGUGUCAUGCGGUUCCUCGUGUCCAAGCGGAAGUUCAAGGAGAGCCUUCGGCCCUACGAUGUGAUGGAUGUCAUCGAGCAGUACUCUGCCGGUCACCUCGACAUGCUGUCCCGCAUCAAGAACCUGCAGUCCAGGAUAGAUAUGAUUGUGGGUCCCCCGCCCCCUUCAACUCCCCGGCACAAGAAGUACCCCACCAAAGGACCCACGGGCCCUCCGAGAGAGUCGCCCCAGUACUCUCCUAGAGUGGACCAGAUUGUGGGCCGAGGCCCGCCCAUCACAGACAAGGACCGAACCAAGGGCCCCACCGAGGCGGAGCUGCCCGAGGACCCCAGCAUGAUGGGGCGGCUGGGCAAAGUGGAGAAGCAGGUGCUGUCCAUGGAGAAGAAGCUGGACUUCCUGGUGAACAUCUACAUGCAGCGCAUGGGCAUCGCGCCCACAGAGACGGAGGCUUACUUUGGCGCCAAGGAGCCGGAGCCCGCGCCGCCCUACCACAGCCCGGAGGACAGCCGGGAGCAGCUGGGCAGGAACGGCUGCGUCAUCAAGGUGGUGCGCUCUACCAGCUCCGGGGGCCAGAAGAGCUUUGCCGCGCCGCCCGCGCACUGCCCGCCUUCCACCUCGUGGCAGUCGCAGGGCUGCCCGCGCCAGGGCCCGGGCUCCUCGCCCGUGGGCGACCCCGGGGCGCUGGUGCGCAUCCCGCCGCCGCCCGCGCACGAGCGCUCGCUGUCCGCGCACAGCGGGGGCCACCGGGCCAGCGCCGAGUUCCUGCGCUGCGAGGGCUCGGCCAGGCCCGCCGAGGGCGGCCUGCGGGACAGCGACACGUCCAUCUCCAUCCCCUCGGUGGACCACGAGGAGUUGGAGCGCUCCUUCAGCGGCUUCAGCAUCUCCCAGUCCAGGGAGCAGCUGGACACGCUGGGCGGGGGCUAUGUGGCGGUGGCGCCCUGCGCCAAGGUGCGGCCCUACAUCGCCGAGGGCGAGUCGGACACGGAUUCCGACCUCUGCACCCCGUGCGGGCCGCCGCCGCGCUCAGCCACGGGCGAGGGCCCCUUUGGCGACGUCGGCUGGGCCGGCUCCCGGAAGUGAGGCUCUGCGGCCGGACACCGCCCCGAGGGGGCUCGCUGCGAAGCUUCCAGGAGGACCCGUUUCUUAGUCCGAGAGGCACGGGUGGCCACCCUGCUGGGGUCCAGCUUCAGUGGGGCCCGGGCAUGGAGGGGGCCGGGCACUACCCAGCGUGGCCUUCGGCUUUCCAGUUCAGCCCCAGGUCUGAGGGCCAGGGAAGCCCAGCAUUAGAGGCACGCCUUGCUGGGGCUGGGAGCAGCCUCGGGUGGGGAGCAGUGGUCGAUGGCUAUCCAGAGGCACAGCGUGGGUGCCCACGCUGAGUGGCCUGGGGCUGUGAGCCCCUGCGCAGGGAUUAGCCUGUGUGUCCCCCCAGCCCUGCUCUUCCUGUUGUGCUUAGGUCAGCUUCCCACCAGUCCAUCAGCCAGUCAGCACCUUCUAUGCCCCUCCUGUCCCCAAGAGGUCCAUGGUGGAAGCUGCCGGAGUCUGUGGUCCUGGAGCAGAGGAGGCCCAGCCUGGAGGACCAGGGCUGCUCUGACCUGUGUCUCACCCCACCCCACCCACACCCCCUCCCUGGUUUUCUGCCUGCUUGCCUAUGUGCAGCUGGCUCCACAGGCGCUGGCGAGAGUGGCACUGGGGAAGAGGGGCAGGCACCCCCUUGGUCCACUCUUUUCUCUGCUGCUUGGAGCAGGGGUUAAGGAGUGCCCAGAGCCUGGAUGGAGAGCCCCCAGCAGGCGAUCGUAGGGGUGGGUGAGGAGCUUCCCAGUGCCAGGUGGUCUGGUGGGACCCUUCUGUCCCACUGGACCAGGCCGUGGACAGCCGUUCUCACCCAUCUGCUCCCAUAGAUGCCUGGCAGGACGGGAGUGGGAACUCAGAGCCAGGCUGGGGGCUAGGCCAGCCUUUCCCUCCAAGACAGGCUGCUGCCUCCCUCCAUUCUCUGGCCCAGGCCUGGCUGUGACUGCCAGUGCCACAGGAAGGCCCACUCACCGCCCCUCCCCCAAACCUUGUACUUUAGCCUGGGAGUCAGGACACACCCAGAGCCCCCACUUGGGGCGGUGGGGCCUGUAGGGCUGUGAUGGGUGAGGUUGAGGUGUCAGGUUGAAGUCAGCGCCCCCCCUCCCCCCGCCCACACACAGAGAAGCACAUGCUGAUUCUCAGAAGGUCUGGUUUAGGUCUAAUUUGAGUUUGAGGAAGGACUUCCUUGUGCUGUGCUCCUAUACUGGACACACGGCCCCUGGCCCCACAGCUAGAGGAGAGCCUGUGGGGGAGGACAGUCCCUGCUCCAUAACAGGAGGAGGCCCCCUGGUCCCGUGGUGGUAGGAUGGUUGAGACUAGAGGACAGCCUGUGGUCUUGUGGAUAACCGUGGUGGAGGCUCCUGCCCACUGAGGAGGGACUGAAAACAGCUGCAAGGAGUUGCUGACCUGGCUGGGGGGGCGGGAGGGGGGCGCUGGACACUCAGCACCUGUGUGAAGCAGGCAGUGGUGGACAGCUGCAGCCCCAGGCUGUCAGAAACCCUGGGUCCUACCCUGUCCUACCACGGGACACCUCAGUUGGCUUUCCCAGGAGCACUGAUGAUCUCUGGCACAUGGAGCCAGUACAGUGGGGAUAGGACCUCUGCAAUUCCCCCCCACCCCUAGUUCACAAGGGCAGUGGUUCCACCCUGCGGUGGGAGCCACAAUGCGGACACCACCCACUGCCCUCUGGCUGCUGGCAACCUGGGCUGGGUUGCCUCUCAGAGGCUCUCGGCAGGGGUGCCUGUGUGCUCUCUGUCACCCCCUGGCUCCAGGAUCCUGGAAGGUUGUGUAGACAGGAAUCUGACCACAUGCUCCCUCUCUCCCUCCCUUGUGCUGUGUUUCCCUGUGGCCGGCAAAGCCCCUGCCCCUAGUCUGCAGAGCUGCCAGGCAGACACGUGUCACACAGAGCUGCCGGGCCACCAGGGCCUGGGUCCUAAGGCACUGGUGCAGGAUGGUGCCCGGCCAGGCCAGGCAGGUCUCACCUAGGCACAGCCUGUCCAUCUGCAUUUGCACUAAAGGGAGGUCUUAGUGGCCUUCAUCAGCCCUGGGCCCUGGAGAGAGGGCUGUGAUACUCCCUGUUUGACACUUCCUGUUCCGGAUGGCCUGGGGCUGUAGGGAAGGAGAGGGGAGGGAAAGAGGGUUCUCCCCUGCACUCCUGGGUACUCCCCCCGCCCCCCACUCCAGAGAGGAGAAGGGAGAGGCUGGAGGCUUCAGGCAGGUGUUUAAACUCCUGUGUGCAUGUGUGUGUGACAUGAGUGUGCCUGUCUUUGUGACUGUUGUGUGGCUGAGUCCAGGAACUCCCAUGAUAAACCUGGCUCCUCCAGGCAAGUGCAUUUGUUGAGCAUGCCUCUCUCAUGCUCUGUUCACAUACACACAAGGACACAGUCACACUACUGCACACAGGCCAAAACACAUGUAGAUACAGGCAUAUACACAUACACUCAUGAGGGUGCACCUCUAUGCACAUGACAGCCACACAAGUACACAUGUGUGCACACACAGGCUGCAACCCUGCACACAUGCCAGAACACACAUGCGUAUAUGGGAGUGUACCCCAAAACACACGCCAAAAUACACACAACUGUACAUGUGUACACAUGAGGAUGCAUGUCUGCAGACAUGCCAAUGCGCAUGGUGCACAUCACACGCAACACACGUGUACACAUGCCAAAACACAUAUACACACAUGAGGGUGUAGCCUGCACACAGACAACUAUAUACACCCUUACACAUGCCCAUUCAUAUGCACACUUGAGUGCACACCCUUGCAUGCAUGCCAACACAUACACAUAUCUGCACACACUGUGCCCAGUGGAUGUGCACGUUCCUGACUUGGACAGGCCUGGUCUCUGCUGCUCCUGCUCUGUCAGCUGUCAGCUGCCGGGGGUGGAGCCCAGGAGUGCCUUCCUGAUUCCAGCAGUUGCAGAUGGCACUGGAAUGUCGGCCCGUGGUGGUGUCUUGGCUGCCAGGGGAGGGUCGAUCUGGCUACACAGGCCCCUUGGCAGUGCAGGGAGGCUUCCUGCAGGUGGGGCUCCCUGGCCUGCCUGGGUCCUGGCUGCCCUGGUCACUGCAGGGCCCCUCCACACCCGGCAUUUUUAUGGCCCAUCAGUUUCCUCUGUCCCCACUGGACACCCUCCCACACAGGGCGCCCGACCUUGCCCCCUCACCCCCUCCGCCCACAGAGUGCUCAUCUGCACACACACACCCCUGCUGUGGGGGCAGGGGUGAUGAAAACCCUGGAAUCUUUCUCACAAGCUCGGGUGAGCCACCCCCACCCUGCGCCCAAGGCAGCCAACCGAAAGGAGGACCUAAGCGGGAGUCCGAGAUGGACGGGCCUCCUGCCCCUCCCCUCCCCCCAGCCGUGUCCAGGGACAGGGGACCCGAGGGAUCUGAGCCAAGGCACUCUCUCGGGGCCUAGUGUGGAGUGUAAGUAGAGCCAGAAAAGGCUCCCAGGGCUCGCAAUGCAAAAUCACGGACUUUAAACCCUCUGGCUUCACAGCAAGGUAUGCGGCAGGCCAGGCGGGGCGAGGGCCACCCUGCAGGGAGAACUGAUGUCUGUCCUCCACUCCCAGGCCCUUUCCCUUCCCCAGGUCACCUGAGUGCUAGGAGGGUGGGAGGGAGCCUGGAGAGCCCGCUGGAGUGGCUAUUGAAAGCCAGCUCCCCUCCCCUUGCUCUCAGGUGUGCCUCCACCUGGACCCUAGCCAAGUGCCAGGAGGGAUGGCUCAGGUCCAGGAGACCAGGGGGCCCAGCCCCCAGAAGCCCAGCAGGGUCAGGUUGUUGCUGCCUUGGGGCAUUCUGUUGGGUAAGGCUAGUAGCAGGCCCUGGGGCAGGCGGGGAGGUGUGAGUUGAAACGCUGAGAGAAGGUUCUGGAACAGGCGAAGUGGGCAAGUGGUCCUUGGGAGGAAGGUCCCUUCUGGAAACAUAAUGGUGCCUGAGUGGCUCCAGGGGGCGUCGAGGAGCUUGCCUGGGGCCCUCACGCGGUCCCCACCCAUGAGGAGGGUGCGUGCCUGACCCCGAUGCUGCCCCAGAGCCCAGGGCAGGUCAGCCUCCUCCAGGGGUCCAUGGACUGAGCUCGGGUCCCGCUCCGUCGGGCUCUGGCGACGUUGUUGCCUUAACGCACACUGAUGGAGACCUGCAGGUCCCCUCAGGCUGCGUCUGUCCUGCCGGGCAGAGGCUGGCCAGCAUGUCCCCCGGUGUCUGAGCAGCACAGACACCAGCUCUGCACCCUCGUGGGCCGCCCAGAUGGGCGGGGCCUCGAGGGGCCCACACACCUUGACACACAGACUGCCUACCUGGUGUCUUGCUGGGAACACCUGCCUGAGAUAGCCCUGGCUCCACAGGGGUGUGCACCCAGUGCACGUGUGUCCUUGCCCCGCCUCCACGUGUCCACAGCCUGGUCAUCCCCCCCUCCCCAUCUGCGCUGUUUGCUUGGCUGCUCUGCCCUUUUGUCCCUGCUUCAGAGCCCUCAGUGCACGCCUUCCUCCUGCGCACACUCCCUGCGUGUGGAGCCCCGCCCACCAGCCUCGGAGCAGGCCUCUGUCCCACUGCCCCUCUGCACCCGCCCAUAUUCUAGGGAUUGAGGCCCAGGGGUGAACUCUCGUUUUGUAACCUCACCCAAGUCACUGUGGGGCCAUCUGGGGGAGUGGGGCGCGGGCCGGCUCAGGGCAUGUGGACGUGGUGUUCUGUGUGGGACAUGCUGGGAGGCUGUGUCCUGUGCCCUUAGUAAACACAGUGACUCCAUCGGGGUGUAGCCUACUACUCACUGUCACGCCGCCUCAGGGCCGUGGGGGGGAGGUGGGUGGCCUGGGACCCUGUUAAAACAGCAGGUGCUACUCCCUUCGUGUGGGGGUGCUGGCAGGGCCCCCACUAUCAGCCUGAGCUCCGGAGGUGGAUUGCUUCAGGGCCCCAGCCUCUGGUGGCCCCAGGCAUUCCAUGGCUCGUGGCAGCACCCGGCCUCCGUCUCCCCAGGUCUCUCCUCUGUGUGUCUCUUAGAAGGACACUGUGCAUGGACUUAAGGCCUGCCUGGGGAAUCUGGGAGAACCUCACUUCGAGGCUCAACUGACAUCUGUAAAGACAACUCCCCCUUUCCCAAACUAGGCCCACUCACAGCCCUCGGACCCUCAUUCCAGCCAGCAGAAAGGGGCUUUCAGGGGAAAGGGAGCACAGGGCCCCUGCACAUGCCCCUUGGCUUGAAGGGAGCCACACCCAAGGCGACAGGAACUUGUACCAUCCUGGCAGCUGGCCCAGGUGCCCGAUUAACCUGGCCACAUCUGGGCUCUCGCGCGCCCCCUCCCUCCACCUGCCUAGUAUGGGUUGAGGUGCCUCCCAACAGUGUGCCCUGCAAACCCUAACCCCGCCCCUGUGGGCAGGAGCCUGGCAGUGCCCUUGCUGGGCACUCGGCUGCCGGGCUAAGGACUGAGAGCAAGCAUCCACUGAGAAAGGGGUGCAGUCCGUGCUGUGAAGAUUCAUGCCAAAGGGUCCCUCUCAGCAUGACCGCAGUGGGUCUUAACAAGGGGGGGGAGACAGUCAGUGGGGACUUGACCAGACCGUUCACAAGCAGGGCUCCCACGGCUCGGCACACAGGAGGACUCUUGUGGCGAGAGCCAACUGCCAGGUGAGGGGAGAGUAGAGCAGCCAAGUGCCUCCGAGGGUUCUGCUCUUACGCAGGUAGAUCUGGGCCUCCCAUCUGAGGCUCUCUGACUCCUGCCGCACUGCCCGGCCAGUUACGACAGCCAGCUGCCAGGGCCAGCACCUCACUGAUUCCCGCUUCGUUGUGCCACUCUUGGUCAGUGUCACCACUGCCCACACGGUGGCAUUGUCCAUCACUCAGUUUCCUUGAGGGAAGGGGGGGCAGGGGGCAUUGGUGCCGAGGCACGGAGAUUGGAAGGCCCUGCCAGUCUCCAGGCAGACCCUGUAACAGGCACUCAGCAGACAAACACACUGUCCAAGCCCACAGCAAUGUGUUUCAGACCCAGGGUUUGGAUUUUGUCUGUGCACAUCCUGCUUGAAGCAUCCGUGGCCACUCUGAAAAUCCUUCCACUCUUGUCCAGUUAAAGAACUUAAUGCGCUUGAAACAAGAGAUCGGAUUUUUAGUGGGCAAGAUGAUUGAAGAAUAAAAUCAGGGUAAGAUUCAUGUUAAAAACAACAACAACAACCCACCAAAACUACUCGCUCCACAUAUUUAAAGUAAUGUAGGGUUUCAGUGGUCACUAAGCAACUAAGUCACAAGACGCUCAGGAAGACAAAUUAUUCUAAGUUGCUUCUCUAAAGAAUCUGAUAAACGAGCAAAAGAGAAGGUUAUAAGAAUAUGCUAAUCUCCCAGCUCCAGAGGGUAUUAUGGGAUAAAAUUAUAAUGAUUUCUCAAAUAACUUGCUUUGAUUAGUGAAAUGAUAAAUUCACACUUGUAUGAAUCAAACGACGCUGAUACUAGCACCACUGAACUUAUUAAUAAAAUAAAUUCUGUCUAGCAAUAGUUUUUAUGUUGAUGCGCACCCUCACUAACGCACAGUCUUAACAAUAAAGCCUUUCUAAGUUAA